UCAACAUUGUGGGGAAAAAAGGAAAAAUUAAUAGAAUAAAGAUUGCAUAAACAUGCAGAGGCGAUAGAUUCAACCAAGCUCUAUUAAAUUGGGACUGUCUCUCGUACAUGUGAAUCUCUAAUUGAAAUCGCUAAUUAUAUUCUGUAAUGCUGAUCAUUCUGAUCUUGAAUAUUUGCCGCAAUUCCUAUUGACAGCAUCGUCAUGAGCACCGGCGGUUCGAUGAUUCCGAGCAAUGUAGGGAAGACGAUCCAUGAUAUAAAGGAGAUCGCUGGUGGCAAGCACAGCGACGAUGACAUUUACGCCAUGCUCAAAGAAUGCAACAUGGAUCCCAAUGACACCGCUCAGAAGCUUUUGUAUCUCGAUACUUUCCAUGAGGUCAAAAGGAAACGAGACAGAAAGAAAGCAAAAGCCAGCAACCAAACUUCUGAGGGUUACAGGUGGAUGUCAGGCAUGCAGCGGAGAGGGGCCAGGAAUGGUCGUGAGAGAAUUUCUGCAAAUUACAUCACUGAUGAUGCCAGUGGCAGACGACACAUUAAGAAAGAAAAUGGAGUCAAUAGUUUGAAGGAUAGAAGUUCUACGACCUCCAUGCCGGUUGCACAUAAAACUAAUCCACAUCCUAGCAAGGUAUCUGCCAUUGAGGUAUCUGCAGAUGAUCCUAGUUACAGUAGAGUUGCUUCAUUUGUUAAUGUAAACAAGUUGGCAAUUUCAACUCUACCUCCUAAUUUAAUAAACCAUCAUCCAAACUUGGAUCCUGGCCCCACUCCUGCCCCCACCCCCACCUUUGCACCUGGAACCAGAUUUCAAAGUAAAACUGUCAUAUCAAGACCUAAUGAGCUUGUGACGAGCACAACUUUAGCAUUGGUAUCUGGUGUCUACUCCUCUGCCUCAGAUCCUGUCCUAGUUCCAGCCUUGAAUACCCGAAACUCAGGAAUAGGCACAAUAAAACGUGAGAUAGGCAGCGAGCACACUGCUACCGAGUCCACUGUGUCUCCUGUAAAUGAAGGAAGAUUAGAUGCUUGUCAAAGUCCUCCCCGGAAUACUCAUUCAGUCAUUGGAACUGUCAACUGCAUAAACACAGCAGCACCUUCUAUAGAACCAGUUGUUGCAACUAACCGUGAAAGUCAGCACUCCAAUCGAGUUAAAGGUCAUUCAGAAGUAUUGCCAUCUCAGGCUGCAGCUGUUGCAAAGGGAGCCCAUUUACCUUCACUUUCUAAACUAAAUUCUGCCAUGGAAAAAGCAGUUCCACAGCUUGACAUGAAACUGGAGAAGUUAAAUAUCUCUUCCCGUUGUCAGCCUGUUAUUUUUCCGAAUCAUCUCCAAGUACCUGAAUCUUUUAGGAGUGGAUUGACUUUCGGUAGUUUGGAUCCACACUUUGAUCCAAGCAUAAGCUGCGGCAAAGACUCGAUGCCUGUGGAGACUGUUCCAGCUAAUGAUAGAACUUCCAUGGAAACCGGGAGAACUAAUUGCAGCUACCAGGAUGCAUCUUCAGCAGCUCAGGGAGGUGAUUAUCCUGAUAAUCCGCUUUCACACCAGCAUGGAUCUGAAAAUAUACCACCUUUUGAGGUAUCUGGUGCCUCUCCUGUGUAUGAUCAGUCAAAGCCGGAGGUAUAUGCAGGCUCACAAUUGCCACUGCAGACACCUCUUGAUUAUAGCUUGGGUUUUGUACCACCCGCGCUAGGGCCCCAACUUGUACGUAUUGAGGGACCAGAACAGCAGGGUGGGAAUUCUCAAGCUCCUUCAAUGUCGUGCUCUAAUUCAUCUUUGGCUCAACCCGUAGGCCUUGGGCAGAGUUCUGUCACCGUGCCUCCGCACUUGUUUCCAUUAGUCCGGCAACCAUUUCCUCCUAAUUAUAUUCCGUAUAACCCUUACAUUCCCCAUCUUUAUAUGCCACAGGGUGCUCACCAGUUUUUGGGCCCGAGUGGCUUCCCUCAGCAACCUUCUGCUGCCAACUUUUAUAUGUCACCAUCAGUUACUGCUGCUGGUGUCAAACUACCUCUUCCGUCUCUGUACAAACCAGCAGCUAUUGCUGGAAACUUGAACCACUUCGGCGUUCCUACUGGAUACAGCUCAUAUGGGUCCUCAACUGUCUCAUACACUGCAACUCCAGCUCCGGUUUGUUCAGCUAGUAAUGAAGAUCUCACUGCAACUGAGCUGAAAGAAAAGAAUGUCUACUCCAUGCAAAAGCAGAAUGAAGAUUCCCAUUUCAGAACCUCGGCACCUGGACGUGAUCUAUCAAUGCUGCAGGCUAAUUACUUUUACAACUUCCCUCAGGACCAGCAAGUUGGUUUUGCACCAGCACAUUCUGCUAAUAGUUCUUUUCCUGGAAUUAAUCCAUCUCAGACAAUAGCUGUACCAUCAAAUGUUCAGCCCCUGGUCCAACAACCUCAAACUGUUACCGGAUCAGUUGAAUCUGACCUUCCUACAUCUGGUGCUUGUCAACAACCUCAAGCAAAUAUUCAUUGGAACAACAAAUUGUUGAACAGAGAAAACAUCUAAGAAUAAAGACCAUUAUUAUGCUUGCUGUUUGCAUCACUCAAGUAUGCAAUAUAAACUAAACAUCACUGAUAGAUCAAAGCCGUCCUCUUCCAAGUGUAUAUAUGAUGUGGCUAGAAACUAGGCACUCUCGGUGAGAUCACAUUGGAAUGUAGAAUUUUCAACCUUUGGAUCUAAAAUAGGGUUUCUUGCUUUUGAUAGUUGACAGUUAGCUUUCCUCAAUUCCCUAAUUUUCUUGAGACUGGAGGAGGUUUUUUGAAGUAUGAGUGGAGCAGGUGAAAUAUCUCAAUUGUUUCCAUUGCCCUUCUAGCUUGUAUAUCAAAUUUUUUUGACUAGACUGAAUAGUAAUGUGUGUUUAAUGAAUAAGAUCCUUUUAUACAAUUAACAAAGACA